UCAUUUGAAAGUGAACUAAUCCUUUAAGCAGCAAAUCAGCAUAUAAGUAUGAUUUCUGAGGGAUCAUGUGACACUGAAGACUGAAGUAAUGAUGCUGAAAAUUCAGCUUUGAAAUUACAUUACUUUUUUGAAAUAUAUUAACAUAGAGAACCAUUAUUAUUUUAAAUUGUAAUAUUUCACAAUAUCACUGUUUUUACUGUAUUUUUGAUCAAAUAAAUGAAGCCUUGGUGAUACUUCUUUCAAGAACAUUUUAAAUAAUUUUACUGACCGCAAAUUAAUGGUAGUGUAUGUGCAUGGUUAAUAAGGUUGCUAUAGUAACCAUUAAAAUGUAAAACAUUUGCUCAGCCUUGACUUUCACCUAUAGCCAUCAUGAUUUUGUGUUUUUAAAACUGAAGUUCAGGAGGGACAGAGUUAUUCUGUGAGUAAUGCUUGUUCACAGGAGCCAAAGAAUGAAAGGUGUGAUGCGCUCCAGCUCAAGCAGACACAUGUAUGGACCAGCAUGCAUCUCUAAUUGGUCUCAUGAGGCGCGAGGUCUGAACACCACAAACAUCUGGAGAAACGCUGCGGAGAUUAUUCCACCACACAGUUAGCCAGCCUGCACAACAGGUGCAGACGGAUGGCUGGAUGGCUGGAGAGAUGAAUGAUCAGUGGAAAAAAGAGAGAGAGGGAGAGUGCGUAAGAGCAACUUAGAUUCUCCGGAGGAAAAAAAUGGUACACGUUACUGGAGGAGUCACUGAAGAGAGCGAACGAACGAGAGGGAGGGAGAGAGAUGAAAAAGUCAGUGAGUCAGUAGUGAGAAAGAUUGUAAUAAAGUGAGAGGGAGGGAUGAAGAGGAGGAAGGUAUAAUUACAGAGAGAGAAAGAGAGAGGGGACAAACACUGAGAAGCUAGAGAGGGAGAGUGCUGAAGAAAGAGUCAGAGAACUGUCUAACCCUGCCCACUUUCCACUCAACCAUUCAACUCCGGCACGGGCAGCCGUGCAUCGUCAGGUUUCUCCAGAUCUCUGCUGCACGAACUGCGACCCGGAGCUCAUCAACCUGCAGGAGGAGCCCAGAGAGACCUGCAGAGAGAGGACCAGCAGAGCUUCGUUCAGCCCUCUUCAACUUUUAUCACCAUGACCGCUCCGUUCAGAUAAGGAUUAUUUUGGACUGGCUCUCACUUUCCGUAUCGAUUUGACAAACAAGCCAGCGCAGUGACUGUGAUUUUGGCAGCGGAGCAGAACAGGACCGAGGUGUGAGUCUGCCGUCACUCAGGAUGUCCUCUCUCACGCUCGUGACAGGGGUGCUGCUGCUCUCUGGCUGUUUGUCAGGGGGCUGCUCGCCCACGCCGGCCGAGAGCGGCUCUCAAGGUGCGGGGCAUCCAGAUGAUCCCGCCGUGACCCCCUGUCCGUCCUGCGCUCUAGCCCAGAGGCAGAAGGACUCAGAGGAGCAGACGGACAUGGUGGAGGCGGUCAAGAGGCACAUCCUCAACAUGCUGCAUCUGAACACCCGGCCCAACGUCACACACCCGGUGCCCCGCGCCGCCUUGCUCAAUGCCAUCCGCAAGCUGCAUGUGGGACGGGUGGGUGAGGAUGGCACAGUGGAGAUAGAGGAAGACGGAGGAGGGCUGGGGGAACGAGAGCAACCUGAGGAGCAGCCCUUUGAGAUCAUCACUUUCGCGGAGCCAGGAGAUGCCCCUGAUGUCAUGAAAUUUGACAUUUCUAAGGAGGGCAACACUCUGUCCGUGGUGGAGCAGGCCAAUGUGUGGCUGUUUCUUAAGGUUGCCAAAGGCAACCGAGGGAAGGGGAAAGUGUCCAUUCAGCUCCUGCAGCAUGGCAAAGCUGAUCCAGUCUCUACCGAUGGAUCCCAGGAACUGGUGGUGUCCGAGAAGACUGUGGACACACGACGCAGCGGCUGGCACACGCUACCCGUGCCCCGCAUGGUGCAGACCCUGCUGGACGGGGACAGCAGCUUUCUCAGUCUCCGUGUCUCCUGUCCUUUGUGUGCUGAAGCUGGUGCCGUGCCUAUCCUGGUGCCCGCAGAGGGCAACAAGGGCAAGGAGAGAGAACAAUCUCACCGCCCCUUCCUCAUGGUCGUGCUCAAGCCAGCUGAGGAGCACCAGCACCGGCGCAGCAAGCGCGGCUUGGAGUGCGAUGGCAAAAUCCGUGUCUGCUGUAAACGGCAGUUCUAUGUCAACUUCAAGGACAUCGGGUGGAGCGACUGGAUCAUCGCUCCGUCUGGAUAUCACGCUAACUACUGCGAGGGUGACUGCCCCAGCCAUGUGGCCAGCAUCACAGGCUCUGCCCUCUCCUUUCAUUCCACCGUCAUCAAUCACUAUCGGAUGCGCGGGUAUAGCCCCUUUACCAACAUCAAGUCGUGCUGCGUGCCUACGCGCCUACGGGCAAUGUCCAUGCUCUACUACAACGAGGAGCAGAAGAUCAUUAAGAAAGACAUUCAGAACAUGAUAGUGGAGGAGUGUGGCUGCUCAUAAAAUGCCAUGAACUCCUAACAAACACUUAAAUGUUGGUACAAAGCACAUAUCAGAGGAUUGGCGAUCUGUGUUCUCCCACAAACAUUUGAGCUGCAAACUCGGGCAACCUAUUUGUUUCCAGACCAUUCCAAUAGGACUGAUAAUUGGAGCGGUUUUCGUGGCACUUUCAUAUAAAAAUGACAGAGGAGAAUAAAGCAUAAUAUAUUUUUUUUAAUGAAGGGAGACAGAGACUGAGAGGGAACGGGUGCAUGGGUCAAAGUGUCAGCCCUGAUUCUCUGCACUGCAAUAAAGAGACUUAUUUUGAAGUGUGGAAUUAUAUAUUCUGAGAAGAAGAAAAAACAUGCAACUCUAUGCAAGUCAAGUAUUAUUACUGGAUGUUCUUCUUUUUUAUUAUUAUUUGUCUUGUUAGCUUUUGUUUAAUGUUUUUAUUGUCAUCCCUUUUCUCUCACACACACACACACACAAAAAAACUAUUUUUUUAGUACAUAUUAAAAGUAGUAGUUCUUUUUAUUUUAUUCUUCUUAUGAGAAAUACUUGAACAAAAAUUAGUUUGACCAGCUGCUGGAGCCAAACUACAUUAUUAUUUUUAUUUUUAUUAUUAAUAUUAUUAUUAUUAAUCAACUAUUAUUAUUAUUAUUUUUAUUAUUAUUAUUAUUUUUCUCCUAAACAUUCUGAAUGUUGAUGAAAAGUAAUAUAAAUUUGCACUAAGCCAACAUUCAGAACGUGAUCCCCAGAGCAUUAUGGGCCACAUUCCAGUUGCCAUAUUAGAGUCUAGAACAUUAUGCAUUUGGAACUUACAAAAAACCAAAGACCAUACACACCCCAUUCUCAGAGCAAUUCAACAAAAUGCCCAGCUCUGUGAAUUUAUUUAAAUUAGGAACAACUGUGUAUGGCCAACAUAACGAACCAUUAACUCAAUAUAGCACAUAAAAUAACUUGUUUGUUCAUUUUUCUUUUCUGAAAAAGCCUCAAUAUUAAGAUACUUUUUGCUCUCUGUGUUUCGACAGUGUUUGUCUCUACCAAUGUAUAACAAAGGUCUUAGAAUCUGAACUGAAACCUAGCCUUCAAAUGUUGUUCUCGACAGAAAUAUUCAGUAAAGAGUGAGAUAGAAACAAUGUCCUGGCAAUGGCAAUCUGCUUUGUCAGGUUCAAAGUACAAGACACUAAAGGAACUUGAUCUGUUUUAUGUAGAGUUAUGCAACAUAUGGUGAUAUGUUGAACAAAUCAAAAUAUGUGCUUGUCAUGUUUUAUAUCUAAUUUAUUUUGCAGCAUAUUCUUUGCUUCACUAUUAAAGCUGAAUUGUACAACUUCA